AGGUCAGAUUAUGGAGUAUGGAAUUAAGAGGAGUGGCAUCUCUUAUGGUAGAAGUUGCAAAAGUGUCCAGCUGUCAGCUAUAAAUAAUAAUUCCAAAUCUCUCCAGAGUAGCGCUAGAGUAGCUAAGAACCUAGGCGUUAUUGACGGAGUGAAUUGCGCUGUCUAUGAUUUGAUUUUUAUGUUCAAGUACUCUGGGUAUUGUAGCGCCACCUAUUAACGUUUUUUGAUGACACUUUUUGGUACAUGGAGAUUUCGUUCCUUAUCUCCACCUUCCGUAGGUCAGAUGGUAGACGCUUCAACAAAAUUUUGAACUUUCGCCUUUAAUUGCUUAUUAAGGUAACCGAUCGAUUUAUAAUACUCGUAGAAAUGAUGAUGAUCUUAAACUUUAAGCUAACUACUUAAUAACAAAAUGCGGUAUCCAUUUAAUUCAGUCUUUUACAAAACAAAGCGUUUUACUACUCUAAAACCAGAUGGCCACUUGAUAAUUAACUCCAACGAUACUUUUAUCAUCCCAAGCGACGACAUGUUUUGUUAAUUUAAAAUAGAGUAAGUUCAUAUUACUAUCAAUGAUUCAUCCCAGUUUUUUAGUAACAACGUCGUUUAUCGGCGGCACUUCAGUAGAUUCGACGACUAACGCGUGUCGAGUUCGAAUAACACCAGUAAAUAACGUUUUUAAUAAAGCAAUGUGCAAAAUUUACGAUAAGUGGUUAACAACAAUAUCUCAACCAAACUAAGUCAUAAAGAACGUUUUGUAUUGAAAAUUCAAUUCAGUUAAGCCGUUUCAACGAUGAGUGUUUAAAUAUUACUGAGUUAUUUUUGCACUCGUUACUGGCAGUCAGUCUCUAGAGUUAUACACAAACAGUGCCGUCAGUUAAAAUGGCCAAUCAGAGUGCGGAAAAUAUAAAUUUGACCCAAUUGGAAGCAAUUGAAGUUUUGCAAGUUUUCAAGACGCCUUGGCUGUUGGGGAUUGCAGUGUCUGCGGCUUGUUUGAUAUUGCAGCUGCUCGUGUUGAUUCUGAUUCCAAAUGCAAGGAAAUACGACGAAAAAGUGCUAGUGCAACUAACCAUCGCGAGGAUUGUGAAUACAGCGUGCGAAUUUCAGAUCUCAUUCGAGAAUUUAGAACCGGGAUUAUUCAAUGAUGUGGUGUAUGCCUUAUAUUUUCAGUCGGAUUUCGCUUUAGUUUCCUGGAUGUUUAUUUUCACGAAGAAUUUAUAUGACAAAGUGGUUUUGGUGUUCGUUUACGAAAAAGUUAAAUUACGAAUUGUUUCAUGUUUAGUUUGGUUCCUGACAUUGCCUGUUGGAGUUUUGUGUCCAGUUUUAUUAACAUAUUACAAAGAAUACUGGAAUACUUUCUACAAAUCUUAUUCUCAAGUUAAAUUUUUUAUGUUGAUUUUGAACGCAUUGAUUUUUGUAGAGAUAUUUCAUGUGGCGUGUAAAAUAGGUGUUGAUAGAACGAAAAAUGUUAAGCAUUUAGUUAAGACUUCCGUGAUCGCUUUCAUAUUAGUGUGCAUCACUAGUGCGCAAGUCUUAAUAACGGAUCUGCUUUCGUAUUUCAUAGUUGGCCAUGAGGAUAUCAUUUUUACAUUUUGUGUUGUAAAUUCGUUUCAAACAUUCGCUAUAACCAUCAUAUUUCUCAUUUUAGCUGGAAAGAAACUAAAAACGGAUUCAAUAGUCGUAGUAAUAUUAUUUGAAUUGAAAAAACUUUUGUUGACUACUUAGUGCAAAAAAAUCGUGAGCUGAUUCGAAGCAGGAAACAGAAUCUAUGGCCAAUUCAGAAGUUAUGGCCAGUAAAGUAUUGUAGUAAAGUAUAAUCGUGCUUGUUAAGAGCAUUUCAUUGUUACACCGCCAAAAGUGCCCAAAAAACCGUCACGUUUGUUCCUGCAGAGUUCUUUCUAAUGCUUGAAAAACAAAGGAAAAUCCCAAGACAAUAGCGACUCACAUGUAGUAUAGGAUUGGGCAUAAGACGUAUCUUAUUGUAAUGCUACCCAUACUUACCCCUUAUUUCCUUUGUUGUUUAUAUACACUUAAAUUGAAAUUGUGGAUUGAUUAUAAGUGGAUUCAAAAACAUACUACAAUGUAACCUACGUAACGACAUAAGUUAUUUAUAGUUUUAUAUUUCAUAAUUUAGAGUGGUUAUGUGUGGCAUAAAAAGGCGAAGAAAACUUAAUAUUCAAUGUAGGAAGAUAA